UGGUUAAACAACCCCACAGGAGCUUUUGAGAUCAGCUCUUGAUGAUAACACAAGAAAAAUAAAAACGAAGAGAACAAAAUACGAACAAGACAAAUCGACUAAUACUUAAUAACAGCCAGAAUGACUCAACAGAAGUAAUAGGUCAUGGACACCUGUGACAUGGAGCCUGCAGAUUCAGACAGCCUACCUGGUUGUGACAUAAAGGAUGUAAUAAUGUCAACACACACCAAUGUUUCAUCGACAGACAACAUCGCCCAGGUUGAAGAAAAAAGUCUUAAAGACAUUCUGGCUAAAAUUGAAAAUCUGUGUAAUAUGUUAUUACCUGAAGACCAUCAAUACAUUCUUAUGACCACCAGUACAGUAAAGAAAACAUUGGAUUUUUGUGGAUCAGAGAAUGCAAUCAGUUUUAUUGAUAAAUAUAAAACCAUGGCUCAGGAUUUUGUUCUGCACUGUUACAGUGCUGUUUCUGGAGAGAAAGAUAAACCAGAGAACAUUACCGAAAUUAAGGCAGAAGUGAAUUCUAAGAUAUCUUUGGAUGAUGACAAUCAUGAUGAAGAAGAAGAAGCAUCUUGUGAUGUUAAUGAUGAAAUUGAUGUAGAAAAAUCAAUAGAGAAAAUCGUGAAAAUGCUCGUCACCAAGCAAAACAUGUCCAUUGAUAAUGUAUUAAGGGAAUUGGUUAAAUUGAAUGAUUCUUUAGAUGGUUUAACUGACAACCCUUCUGCUGAAAAAUGUAUUGCUACAGGGGACAUAACUCCUGAUAGACAGAAAAUAAAAGAUGGUCAUUGUGCCGAUAGUGACAAUGUCGAAAAUUUUGAGUCUACAGAAUAUACAGUCAAAAAUGAAUCUGAAGAUGAAGAUGAUUUUGGAGAAAUGGCUGAUGAUGAUAUUGAUGAAGAUGAUUUUGGAGAAACAGUUGAUGAUAUUGGAGACAAAGAUUAUGUUGAAUCUGAUGAGUCAAAAGGUAGUGAACCUACAGCUUCCAAAAGGAAAACAAGACGAAUGAGGUCAGAUAAAUCAGUUCAUGAAUUUAGAUGUGAAAAAUGUGGGCAUCAUUUUGCAACAGAAAAAUUUCUUCAAAACCAUUUAGAAGAACAUAUGGUUUUUGAUAAGCUGGAUGAUAAAAGUACUGAAUGCUCUGUUUGCCAGAAAACUUUCUGUGACAGAAAAAGUCUUAGGCGUCAUUACAGAACUCAUUCUAACUGUCAGCUUUAUGAAUGUCAGAUCUGUAGUAAAUCAUUUUCUCGUUCUGACUUGUACAAGAAUCACCUCAGUACUCACAAAGACCCAGAAUUUACAUGCACAAAUUGCAAUCGUCAUUAUCAUACAAAGCAAACACUGAAUAAACAUGCUAAGAACUGUAAUGACAUAUCUACAGAAAAUACUGAGGAGCAAGAAGACAGCAAUUACCCAAAAUUUACAUGCACAAAGUGCAAUCGUCAGUAUAAUUCAAAACAAACACUGACAAAACAUGCUAAAAACUGCAAUGAACUGUCUACAGAAAAUACUGAGGAGCAAGAAGACAGCAAAAAGUCAGUUAAAAAGAAAAGGGAGAGAAUCCUAUUAUACGGUGAAUGGCAAUGUUUAAAGUGUAACCUUAGAUUUACCUCGGAGUUGUUUCUUCAAAAUCAUUUGGAUGAACAUAAGCUUUUUGAUGACAUGGAUACUGAGGAAAAACAAUGUCCUGAAUGUAACAAAAUAUUUUCUGAUGCUAAAAAUUUGAAAAGGCAUUAUCGAACUCAUACAAAAUGCCAGUUGUAUGAAUGUCCAUUUUGUAGUAAAACUUUUAAUCGAACAGACACUUAUAAAAAUCAUCUGAAUUGUCAUGGAGAUCCCAAAUUUUCCUGCUCCCAAUGCAACAGGCAAUACCACACUCAGAGUGCACUGAACAAACAUACUAGAAAAUGUGGGUCAAGUCCGUACUCAGAAUGCAAAGAAUGUAAAAUUAUUUUUUCUAACCGAGAGAAUUAUGAAAUGCAUGUAUGUAAUUCUGAUGAUCCAGCUAAUUUUAUGAAGACUUACGAAUCAGCAAAAACAGAAGAUGGCAAACAUUGUUGUGGAAUUUGUAACAAGGUGUUUGAUAAGCGUAAAGGCCUUCUUAGACAUCGUAAACUUCAUUCAGAAGUGUUGUAUAGAGAUAAUGCUUGUGAAAUCUGCAAGAAAAAUUAUAAAUCAAAACAAAUUUUACAAAAGCACAUGAAAGCUGUUCAUUCAGAAACUCGAGAUUAUGUGUGUGAUCUGUGUGGGAAGAGUUUUAGUAGAUCAGACGGGUUGAAGCAGCAUUUGAAAACUCACAGUACAGAUGAUUCAAUUAAAGUUGAAUGUAGUCUCUGUGGAAAACUUCUUUCUUCUAGAACAGCUUUGAAUGUGCACAUGAGAAUUCAUCAAGAUGCAGAGCCAUACAUAUGUGAAGUAUGUGGCAAGUCCUUUAGGCAGCAGAGUAACUUAAGAAGUCACAAGUUAGUCCAUACAGAUGAAGCUAACUAUAAUUGUGACAAAUGUCCUAAAAAGUUAAAAUCACUUGCCCUCUGGAAAACUCACAUGAGAGCCCAUGCAGUAAAGGAAGGACUCAACGAUGAGAUCAUUCUAGCAAAGUUUGGCAAGUUUUACACAUGUGAGCUUUGUCAGAAAAAGGUGGCUACAGCUACUCAGUAUAAACAGCAUAUGCGGUCUCACUCUAAUGAAAGGCCAUAUUGUUGUGAUAUUUGUUCCAAGUACUUUAAAGAACGGUCAAAACUGAAACGCCAUUUACAUAACGUGCAUUCAGAGAGAAUGUAUGAGACAAAUAUGGUAAGCCUUCAACCAGUUUGUUUUCAUAACUAUUAAAAAAAAAAAGAAGGGUGAAAAUUCAAAAGGUAAAACUGAAAUGAUUGUGUGUGUAUGUAAUAAAAUCAGUAGUAUUCAAACUUUGUUUAGAAAUUUUUUUUUCUUAGAAAUGAAAUUUUUGAUUGUAGGAGUGAAUGGUCAAACAUGUAUGUCAAUGUGUGGUUUUUGGAAGUAGAGGCAUUGUGACCUGGUCUUUUUUUCCAGUUUGAACAUCAGUAGUGUUGUUCUUCCAAAGAUCUAUAGUUAAUGGAAAAGAAUCAAAAGAAUAAAAGAAACAUCAUAAAAGCAAACAAAUAGAUUAAUUUUGCCACAUAUACAUGUAAGGCCAAAAAAAAAUAUCAGUCUGUUUAGGGUUACCCGACAGUCCCUAAUUUGAAAUCCGUAAAUCACUGACCCUAAGACAUUUUGUUUCCAUAGUAAAGGGAGAGAUUAACUGAACUCGUCUCAAAAGCAUGAUUAAACAUCCCAAUGUUCACUAUCGUGCUUAUGAUAGCCGCUUUAAGGAAACUGGCAACUAGUGUGGUGAAAAAAUCACUUUGCCACCAUUUUAUUUCCAACAAAACCCAAGGGAAAUAAUCCAAUCAUCAAAAAUACGGGUUAAUUUGGCCCAUGGACAACUCGGGACCAUGGAAAAACAGACCACACAACUCAAAAUCAUGUUGCAAAAAAUAAAAUGAAAAAAAUGAAAUAAAAUGAAAAUACCGACCUGUCUACCCUAUUUUUUUGGAUGAUGUAACCCUAAACAGACAUAUAUUUUUUUUGGCCUAAGGACAUUAUAAUUAGUCAUGUUAGUAAAAAAGUUUAAAAAACUCAAUUUUUUUAAAUUAAACGAUAAUGCUAAAUCAUGUUACUUUGUAAAUAAACAUUUUUACAUUAUAGCCUUGCAUCUUAUAAUGUUAUCAUGCAUGUAAUAUGGAUAUUUUUCUCAUUUUUUAUACUGAGUGGUGUGAAAAUGUCUGUUCAUUUACAUGAAAACGCUUUGACUAAUGUUGUUUUCUGUGACUAAAUGAAGGUCAAGUGCAAUUUUCAUGAUUUUAGCUUUUCUCGUUCAGUUAUAGCCCUUUCCCAAGAAUUCAAUUUUUGAUGAAUUAAUCCAUUUCUGUACAAAGGGAAAUAACUCAUUUUUUUAAAAAAAUUUAAAAGACAUUGUAUUAAUGAUAAAUGACAUUUUGGAUUUUUUUUUCUUUUCUUUGGUAAAUUGUUUGAAGAAUUUUGUGGUAGGUUUGUUUGUUAUCCUGUAUAAACUAAUUUUCUGAAGGCUAUAUAUAUAAUUUUUAUUUUAUGAUGUAAACUCCUUUAUUUAGAUAAUAAUCUAUUUUUAUUAAAGGAUAUUUUUCAUUACAUUACAUUGUGUAAUAGAUAAGUUGCAGAUCUAUAUUAGUUUGUGACAAAUGAAAGAAAAAUAUUUGGAACUAUUAAUUAUAUUUGAUUAUAAUUUGAAAAUAGAUAUACAUUGUGUUACAUCACAUCUAAUUUUAGAGAACUAUUUUUAGUGAAAUCAUAUCUAAUGUUAGAGUACUAUGUUAAACCAUAUUUCUGUUCAAAGGGAAAUAACUCAAACUUAUUCCACGAACCAGUAAUGAUAACAUCAAAAUUUCUUAAUAUUUUUUUAAGUCGUGUGUUAUGAAGGUAGAUGUCACAGUUGUUAUGUGGUAUUUUAUUUUUGUUAUGCAGGUUAAUGUUUAAUUUUUACAUGAUCCUGUUUGGGGUUCAGAUUUGCAAAUAUCAUUUUCAUUAUUAAUUAGAUAAUAAUCUAUUAUAAAUAUUCAAUCACAAUCCAAAUUCAGAGGUGUUUUAAGCUUAAAUGUUGUGUCCAUACUUGCUCAACUGUCAGGGUUUGACCACUGCAGGAAAAUCUGGUUUUCUGUCACUCGACAGCCUCUUGUUAUAAAACAAGGUGUUGAUCCAUGCAUGUAGGUUUGGUAAAUGCUUAAAAAUAGCCAUGAAAAUGCACAAAAUACUGAUGUGGUUCACUAUGUGCAUUUUUUGGAUUACAAUGAUAUCUCUUAACACGCAAAAGUCUGUCAAAUUUGUUUAGAAAGAUACAUUUGUAUUUGGGAAUGCAAAGCAGUUAGUUAAUGGACCCUAUCAGUAAGUUUACUGAUAAAGAUGAAGAAAGAUCAGUUUCUGUCUGACAGGUUACAAAAUUAUAGCAUGAUGUAAAUGUAUUUUAAAAGAAUAUUCAUUUGUACCCCCUAGAAAUUAGUUUCUUUAUAUUCAAUUGCAUGUUUUGAUCGUUUAUAUCUUUUUGCAUGCAUCUUUCUUGAUUUAUAACUUUUAGUCCAUCUAAAAAUAUAUUUUUUAUUUAGGGUAUGUAUUUAGACUAAAUAGAAUAAGUAUACAUAAUUAAGUAGAUAGGUUUUUGUUGUCAGUGCUCUGGCACUUUCAGUUUUUCAUUUAAUUCAGAUUUUCAGAACCUUAUGUAAGAAAUCUGCUAUUCAGAUCAACACUAAAUAUCAGCUUUGUUAAACAGUUUGAAAAUGAAAAAAAACUGGUCUUCCAAGUGCUUUAGUUUGUUUCCACUUAUCAGUUGAUUUGAAUGGAGUUUAUGAGGAAGUGUAGCUGUGACAAUAUAUCUAUUAAAAUGGAAAACAAAUGUCAUAGGAAAUAUUUGUAAGCCCUGAAUUCUUUGCAUAUUGAAUUAAAUGUUUUAUUGGUUUCAUUUCUUAGUUGUAUCCAAUUUAUAAACAUGUAUAUGAAAGAGAAGCUUAACCAUAUAACCUGUCAUGUUAAUCAUUACGCGAGAUGAUGACCUCAAAACCAGGCAAUUGUGAUAUUUUUAUGCAAUUGUUCUUUGAAGGCACAGAGUAAGAAACCUAAAAUCCUAUAUAUUUGAAAAUAAAUUUGAGUACUCUAUUUGAUCAGUUCUAUUAGUUUCAUAUGAUUGUGAGUAGAAUUAUAAUUAUAACUUUUAUAAAUAAUCAUGAUUUUCAAAUAAGAGAAUCAAAAAAGUGAUUGAAUCUUUUUAAUUUUUCUUUGCUAUAAAUUGCAUAUAUAAGAUAUUUUAUUGCUCGCUGAAAUUUCUAAAAUAACGCUAAUAUUUGAAAAUUACUGUAUAUGAAAUUAUUAAAAAGGUUUAACAAUCUUCAAGACUUCCGCCUGAAUUAGUAGUACAAAUAGUUUUGAUAUAAAAUAGAUAUUUAUUUUUGUGCCAUUAGUUUUCUCAUAACAUUCAUUUUAAUAAGGUUCAGAUCAUUGGCAGCUAUCAGCUAAUAGGACAUGUCCUUUUUACAUUUCCGUAAUUCAUUUAACUGAGCAAAGCUGUGUCAUAUUGUUCUUUGACAUUAAAUGUUUUGUAAACAGAAAAUUAUUUGGAACGAAUAUAGCAUAUUUUGCUAGAACCAACUUUGUAUCACUAUCUGAAUUAUGUCAAUUUUUAUAAGAUAGUGUUAUUUAUGAAGAAUUUUUAAUAUCAAUAAACAAUAAAGACUUAA